AUGAUUGUCGCGGAUGCCUCAGCUUGGAUAAUAUCGGGACCGCCACCAGAUGAGCAGAGUGAUGCAGUCAAAGCUUCACGAAAGAUUCCGACGACUCUCAUCAAAAGGGCGAGGAUACGAUCAGCGCCGAUCGAGAUCGGGGCGCCAAAGCCUUGUCCCUUCCAUGUACACAGUUGAUCCACUCGCUUCGUUCUUUGCUCCGAGUCACCGCUCACACAUGUCGCCUGAGAGGUACACCCACCGUCGCAGCUCCGGGCCUCGGCCCAAGACGGUGUUCAGCUCCCGUGGCAGGCGGCCUCCGGACUGGCGCUCGGCAUCGCGCUGGGAGGAGCGCCGCCACCCGCUGACCGGUGAUCCAUACUACGUUGAUACCUUUACCGGCGAGUCGUCGUGGGAACCGCCGCGGCACGAGGUUCGCCGCACGUCACCGGCGCACACGCGACGGCAGCAGCACGACGCCGUCCACGCUCGCGCCCAUCGCCGUGCCCAAGAGCGUCGCAAGGCCGCCGCCCGCCAGCACGAGGCCCGCCGGGUGGCCGAGGCCGAGGCCCGCCGCCGGGCUUUGCCCGAGGUCCGCCACGCCUCUGCCAUCGUCAUCCAGGCAGCUGUCCGCGGCUGGCUCGUCCGCCGCUCCCACAUCCUCGACCACCUCCGCGCUCUUCGCGAUGUCAUGCACAAGGUGACGGAGCUUGUCCGCGAGUUUGAGGCCAAGCUCGCAAACAACACCGCCCGCGAGGUCGACGCCGUCGGCCUUGGCGAGAUGCUCAUGCAUCACGGCAUGCUCAAACUCGACUCGAUCCCGUCGCACGGCUCAGACUUGGUCCGGGCUCGCCGCAAAUCGCUCGUGGCCCUCAUCCAGCGCUGGCUCGAGUUGGUCGACUCGUGGAAAGUUCGGCUCGCCGAGAAGGAGGCUAUUGAGGACGCCAUGCGCGAGAGCCCCACCGAGUCGGACACAGACAACAGCCCAGCUCCAGCCCCGGCCUCUACUGUCCCUAUGUCGCCUCAUGCCGCCGAUGAGCCGCUCACCGAGCUUGAGCACGUCAUCGUCUCGGCUUCCGACUCGAACGCUGGCGACGACGAGUCGAGCGCUGGAGACAUGUUGGACGCGUCGUCGGCCUCGCACGAUUUUGAGGUUAUCGACGUCCGCUCAGGCGACACCGACUCGGACAUCGACCUCGAGUACGACCUGGUCGACAUGGACGCAUCUGACGCCGUGCUUGAUGCUGACGUCCGGCCGCCAGUCCCGCCAAGAAGCUUCCCAGUCUCGGGCUCGCCUGCCGUCGACACCGAGUCUGACAUCUCCGAGACGUCGGACGCGUACGCAAUCGACACACCCGUGGUCACCAUGAAGUGGGAGCCCGGCAAGACGUACGUCAUCAACAUCAACGACGUCGACGAGUGAUCCAGCACCAUGCAGAGCGCGUCAUGCAAACGCGCGGUCCAUCUUCUCCGCAACCGUCUCGGGCAUAUACUUGAGGUACUUGUACAAGUUCUUGGUAAACGAGACGUCACGAUA